AUGACCGCUCGACGACGCCAUCGUCAGCGGCAAGCCAACGGUCACCCGCACAAACACGGAGUCUCACAUCCCCGAGUGACGUCACAGGGCGAGGAGCAACAGCAGUGUGGAGACUCUUAUGGGGCCCAGACCACACAACAAGGUGUUGAUUACUCAUACCCUACGUCGCCGAAUGCACAACCCGUGAGCAUAAACCAUUCAGAAUUGCGGCCCGUAAAGGGUGAAGGAGAAAGACUAGAAAUGUCAGUAUCUGAGGAAGUAAAACAACAACAGUCAGCAGAGCAGCGGGAAGCUGCUUCAAGCGCCUUUGAUAAUAACAUAGAACAACACAUGGAGUCACAAACAGUGACGAAGCAUGGUGCACACGACACUUCCACGCGGUCACGACGUGGAAGGACGACGAGGAGCGCAAGAGGGCGUGCCCAGGUGGGUGGGCGGCUAUCCAAGCCGAAGGCGAAAACAGCUGCACUGGAAGCAGGAGGUUCCUUUGCUCCUCUUACUAGGGCCGCAGCCCCGCAGACGGUGGUGAGCGCGCUGGAGGAACAGCGGCGACUCCGGAAUAUAGUUGCAGCACCGCCAGCACCUUUGGUAUACGAGGACCCUGCGGAAUGCGACGAUAGCGAAGUUCAGGACACGGCACACGACGAAGCGGUCGAGGUCAAGCGACAAGUGGGCUCUUUUUCGCGAUCAUUUAGCACCAAUUAUCCGAAGGGUACUACAGAAGUAUCCGCACCGGCGGCGGAGUUAAAUGACACAAAGCCCAUUUUCGGCAACAGUGAGCGAGAUUCAUCGCAAGCUGCCACCAAAGGACCCGAAGCUUUAGGCACAGGUUCUCACAGUGGUUCGGAAACACAAUCAGGAACACAAGCGGAAGAAUACAAAUAUGUUGGUGGUAGCGCUUAUGGGCGACAGCGCACUGCAAACGUUGGAAGAGCUUUCGGUGGCAAAGGGACACCAAAGCGGAACCACAUCGGGGACCGUACGCGGGGCUCCGCUCUCCCCUCGUCUGCAAAUGCGGAAAUUUACCAAACAGGUGAGGAGGAGGAAGGAACCGCGCGGAAGCAAACAGAAGGGCAACGAAACCAGGUGGAAACCGGGGCAGUCGCUCAAGGGGAAGCCGAAGGAGAGCACAGGCGAGUGAGGGUUGAAUCAACUAAGAAAGCAGUCAUGCGCGGGGGAGCCGAUGAGGAGGUCGUGUAUAAAGGAGCAGGGGAGGCACGAACGGAUGUCGAAGAGGAAGCGGCAAGGAGGAGAGCAGAAGAGGUGGCCCGAAGGCGGGCUGCAGCGAAAGAUGUUUUAAUGAGGCGGGCUGAAGAGGCGGCGCGCAGGAGGGCAGAAAAGGUGGCCCAAAGACGGGCUGAACACGCGGCCCGUCGAAAAGUUGAAGAGGAGGCGCGGAAGCGUGUGGAAGGGGGGGCACAGAAAGCAGCGGAGGAAGUGGCACGCAAAAAUGCUGAAGAGGCGGCACGCAAGAAAGCUGAAGAGGAGGCACGCAAGAAAGCUGAAGAGGCGGCACGCAAGAAAGCUGAAGAGGCGGCACGCAAGAAAGCUGAAGAGGCGGCACGCAAGAAAGCUGAAGAGGCGGCACGCAAGAAAGCUGAAGAGGCGGCACGCAAGAAAGCUGAAGAGGCGGCACGCAAGAAAGCUGAAGAGGCGGCACGCAAGAAAGCUGAAGAGGCGGCACGCAAGAAAGCUGAAGAGGCGGCACGCAAGAAAGCUGAAGAGGCGGCACGCAAGAAAGCUGAAGAGGCGGCACGCAAGAAAGCUGAAGAGGCGGCACGCAAGAAAGCUGAAGAGGCGGCACGCAAGAAAGCUGAAGAGGCGGCACGCAAGAAAGCUGAAGAGGCGGCACGCAAGAAAGCUGAAGAGGCGGCACGCAAGAAAGCUGAAGAGGAGGCACGCAAGAAAGCUGAAGAGGAGGCACGCAAGAGGGCUGAAGAGGAGGCACGCAAGAAAGCUGAAGAGGAGGCACGCAAGAGGGCUGAAGAGGCAGCACGCAAGAAAGCUGAAGAGGAGGCACGCAAGAAAGCUGAAGAGGAGGCACGCAAGAAAGCUGAAGAGGCGGCACGCAAGAAAGCUGAAGAGGCGGCACGCAAGAGGGCUGAAGAGGCGGCACGCAAGAAAGCUGAAGAGGCGGCACGCAAGAAAGCUGAAGAGGCGGCACGCAAGAAAGCUGAAGAGGCGGCACGCAAGAGGGCUGAAGAGGCGGCACGCAAGAAAGCUGAAGAGGAGGCGCGGAGAAUGGCGGAGGAGGAGGAGGAAGCACGAAGGAUGGCAGAAGAGGAGGCGGUCCGUAAGCGAGUUGAGCGGGAAGUGGCACGCAAGAAGGCUGAAGAAGUGGCGAGGAGAAGGGCUGAACAAGCGGUGCGUAAGAAAGCUGAAGAAGUAGCGGUACGCAAGAGGGCGGAGGAGGAGGCGGCACGAAGGAUGGCAGAAGAAGAAGAAGCGCGUAGAAUGGCGGAAGAGGAGAAUUUGGAGCGCGGGCGAGCCGUGGAUGGGGCUGCACGUACCGCGACGGGGAACGAGACUACUCUAACGGAACAACAGCGCCGUGAAAGGGCGAAGAAGAAGUUAGAACGGUAUCGCAAGCAAGCGCUGGCACGUAAUCAGAGGCCUGCCUGGAGGGAGAGCGAUGCCGCAGCCGCUGCCGCGGCGGCUGUUGCACAAGGUGCCGCGGAUGUGCCGUUUGUCCCCACAAGAGGAAACACCAUUCUUCCCUCAGAAGCACGUGCAGCAUCCACUUCGGAGGAAGAGUUGAUAGCCGGCGCUCUCACCUUCCCCAACAGCAAUGUUGCAAUUGAGAAGUUUGACGAAAAUCAAUUAGUCGUGCGACGCCAGAGCCUGGAUGAUCCGUGGGAUAUUGGCCUGCGGUUCGACUGGACAAUCAAAACGCUGGCAAUCGGUUCCCUGCCCACCUAUCGGCUGACAGACCCACGCCGCAUGCACCCCUUUAUGCGCAUGUAUCAGUCCAAACCUGUGUGGUUCCUUGAAGAAGUUAAUGGCACAAAGGCUAAUAACAUUCGCGAGGUGAUGGAAGUUCUCAAGAAAAGUCUCUUGGCAAAGUUUGUGUUUAGAAAACCGCACUGA